AAGUGCUAUCUGUGGUAACCAGUCAGAAAAAUGUGAUCUUAAAGUCUAAUAAUUGGACCGCAUGUCUCACCACAUGUUCCUACUUCACCAUCUCACAGACACGACCCAGAAUUUCUUGCUGUAAAUGAAUUCCAGAAAAAGUUCAAAUUAAAUCUGAUGAAGUUUCAGUGUUUGAAUGGAGUGAUAAUAAACCUGGGAAACCAAACACUCCUGAAUGAGAUCUACACAGAGCUCUACAUCACAGAGGGAGACAGUGGAGAAGUCAAUAAUGAACAUGAGGUGAGACAGAUCGAGGCAGCAUCCAGGAGAACAACAACAGAGGACACACCAAUCAAGUGCAAUGACAUCUUGAAGCCCUUAUCUGAACAAGACGAACCCAUCAGAACUGUGCUGACAAAGGGAGUCGCUGGCAUCGGAAAAACAGUCUCUGUGCAGAAGUUCAUUCUGGACUGGGCUGAAGGGAAAGCAAAUCAGGACAUCCACCUCAUAUUUCCACUUCCUUUCAGAAAGCUGAAUUUGAUGAAGGACCAGAAACUGAGUCUGAUGGAGCUCCUUCAUGUCUGUUUUAAGGAAACAAAAGAAACAGAAAUGUCCAGGUUAGAAAAGGUUCUGUUCAUUUUUGACGGAUUGGACGAGUAUCGUUUUCCUCUGGAUUUCCAGAACACAGUGAGAGUGUGUGAUGUUACUGAAUCAGUAUCAGUGCAUGUGCUGCUGAUAAACCUGAUCAAAGGGAAUCUGCUUCCAUCUGCUCUCAUCUGGAUCACCUCUCGACCAGCAGCAGCUGAUCAAAUCCCCUCUGAGAGUGUCCAUCGAGUCACAGAGAUACGAGGGUUCAAUGACCCACAGAAGGAGGAGUACUUCAGGAAGAGGAUCAGCGAUCAGAGCCUGGCCAAUAACAUCAUCACACACCUGAAGUCAUUAAGAAGCCUCUACAUCAUGUGCCACAUCCCAGUCCUCUGCUGGAUUUCAGCCACUGUUCUAGAGAGAAUGUUAGGUGAAGCAGAGAGUGGAGAGAUCCCCAAAACUCUGACUCAAAUGUACACACACUUCCUCAUCAUUCAGACAAACAUCAUAAGAGAAAAGUACUCAAAGAAACAGGAGAGUGAUGAAGAAAUGCUUCUUAAACUGGGACAGCUAGCUUUUCAGCAGCUGAUGAAAGGGAACCUGAUCUUCUAUGAGGAAGACCUGAGAGAGUGUGGUAUUGAUGUGAGAGAAGCAGCAGUGUACUCAGGUGUGUGUACGCAGAUCUUCAGAGAGGAGUUUGGGUUUCACCAGAGUAAAGUGUACUGCUUUGUUCAUCUGAGCAUUCAGGAGCACCUCGCCGUUCUGUAUGUGCACCUGACAUUCAUGAUGGAAAAGAGAAAUACUCUUAGUCAGUAUCAGUAUUUUGAAAGGGGAAUGAGAAACAAUACAAUCUCAGAUGUACACAAGAGUGCUGUAGAUCAGACUUUAAAAAGUUGGACUGGACAUCUGGAUCUUUUCCUUCGCUUUCUUCUGGGUCUCUCACUGAAGUCCAAUCAGAAUCUCUUACAUGCCUUAGUAACACAGACAGGAAGUAGCUCCCAAAGCAUAGAGGAAACAGUUCAGUACAUUAAGAAGAAGAUCAGUGAUCUUCCUACAGAGAAAUCCAUCAAUCUGUUCCACUGUCUGAAUGAACUAUGUGAUAAUUCUCUAGUGGAGGAAAUCCAACAGUACCUGAAAUCUGGAAAACAAAGUGAACUCUCUUCUUCACAGUGGUCUGCUCUGGUGUUUGUGUUACUGACAUCAGCACAGGAGCUGGAACAAUUUGACCUGAGUAAUUAUACCAGUACAGAUAAGAUAACAGAAACUGUUCUUCUGAAGGUGAUGCCUGUGAUUGCAGAUUCCAGAAAAGCAAUUAUCAAGUGUGAUUCAUUUGGAGAGAGAAGUUGGUCAGCUCUGGUCUCAGUGCUCAGCUCAGAAACUUCCAAUCUGAGAGAACUGCAUCUGACUGUGAAAACACUGGAUCUGACUGGGAAUGAACUAGGAGACUCAGGAGUGAAGAGUCUCUGUGCUGUACUGGAGAAUCCGCACUGUAAAUUCGAGAAACUGAGAUUGUGGAAGUGUGGUGUAUCAGAUGAAGGCUGCGCUGCUCUGACUUCAGCUCUGAGAUCAAACCCCUCACACCUGAGAGAACUGGAUCUGUCCUCUAAUAAUGUAGGAGACUCAGGAGCGAAGAGUCUCUCUGCUAUACUGGAGAAUCCUCACUGUAAACUGGAGAUACUGUGGUUGGAUUGUUGUGGUGUCUCAGAUGAAGGCUGUGCUGCUCUGACUUCAGCUCUGGGAUCAAACCCCUCACACAUGAGAGAACUGUAUCUGUCCUAUAAUAAUGUAGGAGACUCAGGAGUGAAGAGUCUCUCUGCUGUAAUGGAGAAUCCUCGCUGUAAUCUGGAGAAACUGAGGUUGUGUAAGUGUGGUGUAUCAGAUGAAGGCUGUGCUGCUCUGACUUCAGCUCUGAGAUCAAACCCCUCACACCUGAGAGAACUGAAUCUGUCUGAGAAUAAAAUUGGAGACUCAGGAAAGAAGCUGCUCUCUGCUCUAAAGGAUGAUGAACAUUACAAACUACAGACACUGCACAGGUAAAAAAGUGCAGAAACUCGAGCUGAACCCAGACAGUGGAAGAGAGAGCUAAAAUGGACAGGAAACAAUUUCAAGACAUUGGUGGAAUUCUGACCGGACAGGAUUGGCAUCUGGGGAGUUUAUCUGAGGAAGACCCUAGGAAGCUCACUACAAGUAACAUUUAUCACUUUGUCCUUUGAUUAAUUAAUGUUCCAUUGCAGCCACUUAUUUAAUCAAAUUAGUGGACCAGAACUAACAAACUAGUUUUAAUUGGUGAUUUUUCUAUGUUUGUGAUUAGUCUUUGUUUAGUAUUGUAAUAUUUUUUUUUUAUUUUUUUUUUAAACACAUAUACACGUAUGGUAUAACUGUUUUGCUGGAUACAUAACUAAAAUUAUAUUGUAUCUAAGUGCUUGCAUAAUGGUAUCAAAUACAUUUUGAAGAAAUAAAAUACAUAAAUACAAUCUUGUCAUUAUUUUUGUUGCUGAAAUUGAACUUGAGUAUUUAACAUGAAUUUUGUAACAGAAUAAUUUUCAACAGUUCUUCAAAAAUAAAUUUGUGUAAAAACAAAAUAUAUUGUCACACUAUGUGUUUUUGUAGCACAAAGUGCUUUUUGUAGUUAAAAUCACCCCAGCAUGCUGAGUCAACAUCAUAACCCAAACUUGCUGAGUUAAAACAACCCAGCACCACACAACACUGUACCCAACGCUGGAUUUCAGAAUCGACCCAAACUGGGUUUAUGUUUAA